GUCCGCUGGCUGAGCCUGGGCAAGAUAUUGAGCCGAGUGUGGAAACUCAAAGAAGAAACAGUUAUUUUCCUGGAGAUGUAGGAUAUUGAUUGUGACUUUGUUACUAACAUUGUUAAUGAAGAGUGGAAGUCAGACUUCAUGUUUGCCAUUGAAAUUAUUGAAAAGUGGAAUGAGCUGAAUGUCAAACUUCAGGGCAAUAGCUUGUUUGCGCAUGAAAUAUAUGUGGAUUUUAAAUCAUUUCAGGCUAAACUCUCCCUGUUCUCCAGGCAAGCAGGUGAAAAAAGGUUUUGCUAUUUCCUUUUGCUAAAACAGAAAACUAUUUCUGUUGAAAUGGCUUAAAAGUACACGGCUCAAUUAGAUGCAUUGGUUGUGGAAUUUGAAAGGAGAUUCCAAGACUUCAAGAAAUUGGAACCACUCUUCAAUAUUUUGAGUUCGCCAUUUAGUAGAGAAGCUGAUUCAGCCCCAGAGGAAAAAGUUGGAGCUGCUUGACCAGCAAGCAGAUUAUGACCUGAAGGUGAAGUUCAAGUCAGUUCUUCUGCUUGAGUUUUAUGGAUCUUUGCCAGAGCAGCCUUUCCACACUUUAAAAACUUUUCUGGCAAACUUUUGUCACUUUUUGAGUCCACAUAAUUUGUGAGCAAGCUUUUUCUUGUCUGAAAAUAAACAAGUCUAAGAACAAGUCGAUGUUGACUGAGUGCAAUUUGAAUGCAAUAAUGCGAAUCACAAUCAGUAAACGAGUUCCAUAGUUCAAGAACAUCAUUAAAAACCGUGAACAGCUACAUACUUCUCAU